CCAAAGACCACCACCAGCUUUAACUGCCUCUGAGUUCUGCUGGUGGAGAUGUUUCACUGGGCUGGACUCCCCUCUGCUGCUGCCAAAGUCAGCCUGCUGCUUCUGGUGGUUGCUGUGCUGUUUUCCUGGUCAAGCCUGAGUGACAGAGUUCCUGAGUUUGCCCUGACAAAAAUAGAAGAGAGCGACAUCAAAGAUGACAGUGGGAAAGAGCCUCUGACAGAAGAUGAUGCUGAUCCUGAGGACCUGGAAGUGUUUUACCCCACGCAUCAGUGGCAAACCCUCCGCCCAGGUCAAGCUGUGCCUGCAGGCUCACAUGUACGACUGAAUCUGCAGACAGGGGAGAGAGAAGCCAAGCUCCCAGACAGUGAGGAUGGAAACAGCGAGGCGAGAGAAGAGAGAAGGAGAAAAAGGCUGGGCAAGGUGGACGUUGAUGCAAAUUCAUUCACAUCCCAGGAGCUCAAAAAGGCAUUGGCUAAAAUGAAGGAAAGUGAGAAGGCAGAAAGAAAGGCCCACGAGGAAGAGGUGAGGAAGAAGUUCCGUCCCAUAGAGCAGCUGAAGGAGGAGUUUGAAAAGCUGAACGUGAAGAUGGAAACAGAUUAUGAGAUUAUGGUCAAACUGAUCAGCAAAUUCAACAGCUCUGCCUCCACGCUGGCUGACAAAGUGGCAGCGCUUUAUGAUCUGGAGUAUUACGUGCACCAGGUGGACAACGCCAAGGACUUCCUCUCCAUGGGCGGACUCCAGCUUGUGAUCGAGGGGCUGAACAGCACCGAGGCCGCGCUGAAGGAGCACGCUGCCUUCGUCCUGGGAGCUGCACUGUCCAGCAACCCCAAAGUCCAGAUCGAAGCCAUCGAGGGGGGAGCGCUGCAGAAGCUCCUGGUGAUCCUGGCCACGGAGCAGCCCCUGGCUGUCAAGAAGAAGGCUCUCUUUGCACUGUCCUCCAUGCUGAGACACUUCCCCUACGCCCAGCAGCAGUUCCUCAAGCUGGGAGGCCUCCAGGUCCUGAGGAGCCUCUUCAGGCAGAAGGGAAUGGAGACUCUCCACGUCCGUGUGGUGACACUGCUCUACGACCUCAUUGUGGAGAAGCUGCUGCUGGAGGACUCCCAGCAGGAGGAUCAGCUGGAGGAGAAGAUGCUUCAGUACCAGCAGGUGAGGCUGGUGCCGGCGGUGGUGGAGCAGGACUGGUGCGUGGCGGUGUCCAACCUGCUGGCGGUGCCGGAGCACGACACCCGGGAGAAGGUGCUGAAGACAGUGGCAGUGCUGAUGUCCUUCUGCAGGGAGCGCUACCAGGGGGACCAGGCCCUCAGCAGCACCCUGGGGCUCCUGCGCCGCGAGUACGAGGAGCUGGCGGCCCAGGAGCAGAGGGAAGGGGACAAGGAUGGCUACUUCAGCGAGCUCCUGGGCUCUGUCAACACCAUCAUCCAGCAGCUCAGGGGAAGGCAGCUGAGGGCUCCCUUCAGGUGA